AUGGAUGCUCCUCGUACGUCGACUACUGUCAUUCCCUUCAAUGGUCCGAUCUCGUUGUCCGACGCUGCAGUUGCUUCUCCAAGUCGGUCUGUGCAACGGAAUCCAUCGGAAGCAGAGCGAACAAGAUUCUCGAGCUCUCCAUUACCAUGGCACCGAAACGAGCCAUCCAACGAGUACAAUUCGUGGAAAACCACAGCUGACUGCUCCCCUUCAGCGAAUUCUUUUGAUAGCAGAAGCGUGUAUGACAACGACCUCUUUCCCGGUAGGCCAAUAGCCCAGCGUUCGAGGAAGAAUUUCUGGGAACCGUAA